AUGUCAGGAAAGAAAAACCAUGGGAGCUCCCGUCAGACUCAAGCCCAUCUUAUAACAACUGAGCUCCGGUUCCCUGUGAGCUACGUGGACCGCCUCCUGCAGGAGGACCAAUACACACAUCGCCUGAGUUCAUCCACAACCGACUUCCUCCUUGCCAUGCUUGACUACCUCACUGACUACAUCCUGGACCUGGUGGGCACUGAGGCCAACAACAACAUGGUGACCGCCCCACAAGAUGUGGAGAGAGCAGUGGACAGCGGUGGAGACCCCCAUCCACACUUGAAGGAUACAGCCUUCACACUGUUUGAUGAGAUGCCUGGAUCCAGAAGAAACGGCUAA